CCUCUGCCCGUUGAAAAAGAACGUCAUCUGUUUCAUACAUUUAACUUAGCUUUAGCCAACAUUAGCUUGGCAUUUACAUCGUGGCGAAACAACUAUGGUCCUCGUCAACAGAUAGUCCGCCUGUAUUUAUAUGAUACAAUCCCCAAAACAUGACUUUGAAAGCCUUACCCCGACGUGAAGACCUGCCGAGAAGGGAAGUGGCUGGCUAGCUUUCAAUCGGUGCUAGGUGGCUAGCGGCCGAUAGACGAAAGAGACUAAUGUUUAAAGAGCGCUAAGCCUAUCACAACAAGUCUCGCUCCUAAUAUACAACCUGCCUCUGAAGCAACACAAACAAGGACCAUUUGGGAAUCGUCCUCCUUUAACAGCAGCGGUGGGUCUCUGCAGAGCUGAGCCAUGGGUGCCUUCCUGGACAAGCCCAAAACAGAGAAGCACAACGCCCACGGUGAAGGAAACUGCAUCCGCUAUGGGCUGAGCUCCAUGCAGGGCUGGCGAGUGGAGAUGGAGGAUGCUCACACGGCCGCGCUGGGACUGCCUGCACCCGGCUUGACAGACUGGUCGUUUUUUGCCGUCUACGAUGGCCAUGCGGGCUCCAGGGUUGCCAACUACUGCUCCAAGCACCUUCUGGAGCACAUAAUCAGUGCCAGUUUCGGGGCUGGAGGGCAGCAGAGCUCACCGGCCGGUUCAGAGAGCACUACAGAUGCCCCUCCGGCAGAGGUUGCCCCCACUGUGGAGGCUGUGAAAGCUGGCAUCCGGACAGGCUUCCUGAGGAUUGAUGAGCACAUGCGCAGCUUUUCUGACAUGCGCAACGGCAUGGACCGAAGUGGCUCCACGGCCGUGGGUGUCCUCCUGUCGCCCGAGCAUUUCUUUUUCAUGAACUGUGGUGACUCUCGAGCUGUUUUGUACCGAAAUUCCCAAGUGUGCUUCUCCACGCAUGACCACAAGCCUUGCAACCCUCGCGAGAGGGAGCGCAUCCAGAACGCCGGCGGCUCUGUCAUGAUCCAGAGGGUGAACGGGUCGCUGGCUGUCUCCCGAGCCUUGGGGGACUACGACUACAAGUGUGUCGUUGGCAGGGGCCCCACCGAGCAGCUGGUGAGCCCCGAGCCAGAGGUUUAUGAGAUUGUUCGGACUCCUGAGCAAGAUCAGUUUGUUAUCCUGGCAUGCGACGGAAUCUGGGAUGUCAUGUCCAAUGAGGAGCUUUGCGAGUUUGUCAAAUCAAGGCUUGAGGUAUCUGAUGACCUGGAGAGAGUCUGCAAUGAAGUGGUGGACACCUGCCUGCACAAGGGGAGCCGGGAUAACAUGAGUGUUGUGUUAGUGUGUUUGCCCAACACUCCCAAACUGUCGGAGGAAGCUGUGAGGAGAGAUUCAGAGCUCAACCAGUACCUGGAGUCUCGUGUGGAAGCGUUGCUGUCCCGGCCGGCCGACGAGGGCUUUCCCGACCUGGUGACGGUGAUGAGGAACUUGUCCGCUGACAGUGGCAUGCCGGCUCUGCCACCAGGGGGAGGCCUUGCCAGCAAACAAAGCGUUAUUGAAGCGGUGUACAACAGUCUCAGUCCAUACAGAGAAGAAGAAGGGCCAUCCUGUUUCAUUUGAGCACCACCGACUUGGAGUGUCACUGGUAGAAGUUCCUGAUCUGCCUGGUGGACUUAAAAAAACAAAAAAAACAAAAAAGGGGGGGGGGGAAAGAAAGGACCAGGAUCGAAACUUUGUCUCACCCACCCCCCUUUCCGGUAUCUUGACUCUUUCCCCCAUUGAGAAUUCUCAAUAGACCUGGGAUUCAAAAUGGGAGGGUUAUGAUAAAGGCAUCAAGAAAGCACACUUCUUCUUUUUGCCAGUUAACUGAAACUCUUUAUGCGCCGAAGCCCCGCCACCGCCCACUUCUUAAGGACCAUUAAAAAAAGUGAGAACAUGUCUGUCAACCAUUUCCAAAGCUUCUGGACACUCCUGAACGGACUCUCCACUCGCUUGAAACACAAAAAAUUAUUUGCCUCAAAACCACUUAAUGGACUUUUAAAAGCCAUUAUUUUUUGCCACUAAGUCCAAAGACUGCCUGCCACACCUGAUCACAUGGGGACGGUCACAACUGGCACAGAGUUAAAAAUUCUUCCUGUGCAGUGCAAAAUGUCAGGCAGGUCUGUUUUUAAAUGUGGUGAAUCCUUUUUGCACGCGUUUCCUCAACUCGCCACUUUGAUAUUCAUAAGACCCAACUCGCUUUGUUGUCAUGUGUAGGAUAACUGUCGUCAAGAAUAAUUUGUCAAAUUCUGAAUAAUAUACAGAGAUAUCUGUAUUUUGACUUCAUCUUCAAACCCAGCCUUGUGGCCUACUCUGUGCGUAUGUGAUUUGUUUUUGUGCAUACGUGCUACUCUAAUUGUGUUGUUGAUCGCAAACGCACAAGGUCGUGCAUAGUAUUCUGACACAGUAACAUUCCAAAGAGGGUGUAUGUGAGGGAAAAGGAGAUCCAGCCUCACCUUUUUGACACACACUCGAUCCUACUUGUGCUGCCACUUCCCUUUUUGUGAGUUGUAAAAUCAAUAAACAAUGCCAAAAUAUGAGUUUACCUUCCAAAAAUCAGUUUUAUUUGUGCUGCGAAACAUCCCGGUUAUGUUGUCAUUCCAGAGUGAAAAUAUGUUGGGAUGAUGAUGAUUAGUUGUAUGGGAAUUUACAAUUUAAACCUUGAUGUAGGGAAGGUUGUUAAUUGUAUUGUUUUUUUUUUUUUUUUUUUAAACUGCGACCCUAGUGAGGAUAAGCGGUACGGAAAAUGGAUGGUUUUCUUUUUUGUGUCAAGAUGUGUUAAGUUAUGGUACAUAAACCUGCAACUAUUAAUACUUUUUACUUUUGGAGUAUUCAACACAUUCCAAGAAAUAUACUUAUAUGCUAUAACAUUGUCGUCCAAAGGGGGGGAUAAAAAAUCUCUAACCUUUUUUAUUUUUCCCCUUUUCUAUCUUUUUAUGUUUUGAAAUAGGAAAUCAACUCGUAAUAUCUUGGACAUACUGUACAUGCUUUUCAUUGGACAGUUGUAGGAUAUGUUAAAAAACAUUUUUUUUAUGAGAUUCAAAAAAACAAUUUAAUACUUUUUUGUUGUUGUUUAAAAGUCAUUUUUGUACAAUAUCUGAUUAAAUUAUUGAGAAGCUUAUUUAUGACGUGAAAAUACAUUUUCACUAUCUGGUCAUCCUCAGAAGGUUUUUUCAUUUUAGCCGAUGAUACCAAUAUAGGAUGAAGUUACAGCAACGAAAGCAGAUGGAGCGCAAUAUUCCUGUAGUAUUCUAUUUCAUUACACAUUAUUUGAGUUGAAGUGAGUCUUGGAAUGAAUAUAUUUGUAUUAUUUUCAGAGUAGCACAUCAUCACUUUUAACUUAUUCUAAGAUGGCUGGUAGUCAGAAAUGGUCCCACAGAUGCAUGCUUGUAUAUCACAAGGUUUUAUCAGGGAGAUAAAUGAACCCAAGCUCCUUUUGUUGGCACCUUCUACAUCUCGACACUGUAUGAUGAGAGACAUGUUUACAAGUAGCAGUGUUUCUGGGUGUGCAACACAUUUACCACCAAUCACCUAGUCCACCUGUACCUGAUGUUGUGACUGUAAACAUCAAUUAAAAGAUUGGAUUUUAAACCCAAUGGAGUAGCCAUUGUUUUCUGUUUGUUGCUAUUAAAGGAAAUUAAUAGAAACUCCCUUUUUGCCACCUUCUUACCAAUCCCAGGGCCUCCUGUACCUGAUAUUGUGACUGUAUAUGUCAAUAAAAAUAUUUUAUUUCAAACCCAAUGGAGCAGCUAUUGCUUUUGUCUGUUGCAAUGAAACAAAAUGAACCCAAACGCUCCAUGUUGCCACCUUUGUCAUCUGUACAUUAUUUCUCAUUGUUUUGUAUGAUGAAAGACAAGAAUAAGUUUACAAAUUCCUGUGCAUUUAGGCUAAACACCUACUUUUCCACCGAUCCCGGGGAUCCUCCUGUACCUCAUAUUUUGACUAAAUGUCAAUAAAAACAUUGUUUUAAACCCAGCCAGGCAUGUGCACAGACAUUUGUUUGGGCAGGUGCUCAAGCCAAAUAAAGGGUACCCAUCG